AUGGGCAAGUCAGUUAUCGUGUUCCCUGUGUUCCUUACUCAUCUAGUUAUCGUGUUCCCUGUGUUCCUUACUCUUCUAGUUAUCGUGUUCCUUGCGUUCCUUACUCAUCUAGUUAUCGUGUUCCCUGUGUUCCUUACUCUUCUAGUUAUCGUGUUCCUUGUGUUCCUUACUCUUCUGGUUAUCGUGUUCCCUGUGUUCCUUACUCUUCUAGUUAUCGUGUUCGUUGUGUUCCUUACUCUUCUUGUUAUCGUGUUCCUUGUGUUCCUUACUCUUCUAGUUAUCGUGUUCCCUGUGUUCCUUACUCUUCUAGUUAUCGUGUUCCCUGUGUUCCUUACUCUUCUAGUUAUCGUGUUCGUUGUGUUCCUUACUCUUCUAGUUAUCGUGUUCCUUGUGUUCCUUACUCAUCUAGGUAUCGUGUUCCUUGUGUUCCUUACUCUUCUUGUUAUCGUGUUCCUUGUGUUCCUUACCCUUCUAGUUAUCGUGUUCCUUGUGUUCCUUACUCUUCUAGUUAUCGUGUUCCCUGUGUUCCUUACUCAUCUAGUUAUCGUGCUCCCUGUGUUCCUUACUCUUCUAGUUAUCGUGUUCGUUGUGUUCCUUACUCUUCUAGUUAUCGUGUUCCUUGUGUUCCUUACUCAUCUAGUUAUCGUGUUCCCUGUGUUCCUUACUACUCUUGUUAUCGUGUUCCCUGUGUUCCUUACUCUUCUAGUUAUCGUGUUCCCUGUGUUCCUUACUCAUCUAGGUAUCGUGUUCCUUGUGUUCCUUACUCUUCUUGUUAUCGUGUUCCUUGUGUUCCUUACUCUUCUAGUUAUCGUGUUCGUUGUGUUCCUUACUCUUCUAGUUAUCGUGUUCCUUGUGUUCCUUACUCUUCUAGUUAUCGUGUUCCUUGUGUUCCUUACUCAUCUAGUUAUCGUGUUCCUUGUGUUCCUUACUCUUCUAGUUAUCGUGUUCCUUGUGUUCCUUACUCAUCUAGUUAUCGUGUUCCUUGUGUUCCUUACUCCUCUAGUUAUCGUGUUCCUUGUGUUCCUUACUCAUCUAGUUAUCGUGUUCCCUGUGUUCCUUACUCUUCUAGGAAACUAA